UAAAAACAAAGAAGAAGAGCGGAAGUAUCGCACUAGGCUAGCACAGGCGAGACGCGUCCCUUGAACUUUGCGUAGAUAACUGAGAAAAGCAACGCUUAAAUGGCUCUAACCGAACAGAUCAACCAGCUGGAGGCAGAUUUGCAAGAGCUGGGGUCGCUCUUGGAGAAGGCAGAGAGGAAACGGGUCCAGGAACUGCUGCAGCAGGAGAAAAAGAAAGUGGAGAAGGAGCUCGCGGCCAAACGGCAACAGAAAGAGCAGCAAGCCAGGAGAGAGGCCGACCCAUCUGCUGCCUCUAGAGCAAAAUACACAGUCAAGAUCACCAACUAUGCGUGGGACCAGUCCGAAAAGUUUGUCAAAAUUUACCUUACAUUGAAGGAUGUUCACAAAAUUCCGGCAGAAAACGUGGAGGUCAACUUCACAGAAGGGUCGUAUUCUGUUUUGGUAAAGGAGCUGGAUGGGAAAAACCAUCAGAUGACCGUCCUCAACCUGUUAUAUCCAAUCGAUGAAAAGGACAGCUAUAAGAAGAUCAAAACAGACAUGAUUCUGCUCAUGUGCAAGAAGCAGACAACAAAGAAGUGGGACUGUCUAACGAAGGUGGAGAAGCUGUCUAAAGAGAAAGACAAACCCAGUGCAGAUGCCAACGCGGACCCCAGCGAGGGCCUGAUGACCAUGCUGAAGAAGAUUUACUCGGACGGAGACGACGAGAUGAAGAGAACCAUCAACAAAGCGUGGUCAGAGUCCCAAGAGAAGAAAAUGCAAGGAGGAGUAGGAGACAUGAUGGACUUCUGAAGUGCACCCACUGUUAUACACAGAGUGAGAGCUGCCAGGGAUUUAUUGACAUGACUUGAAUAUUGUAAUUGAUGGGUUGAAACAUAAGUCCAGUAUAUAUUACAUCAUUCCACAACAUCAUUAGAAAUGAAACAAAAAGUCUCCUUCUGGACUUAUUUUGGCCCUGGAAUUAACAGCAACACAUGUUUUCGUAUUCCUUGGACUUGAUGCAUAAACCUGUUAGUGAAUGCGUGUUCUUUCAGAAGGGCGUUGGCCAGCAGAUGGCAACAUUGUACACAGCAAGAAAUCCCACAAAUGCAUCACUCAUUUAGUUGAAGUCUGAUAUGAUGUGUAAUGGGACCACAGAGCAGUUUUUUUUAACAGAAGAAAUUGUCAGUAGGUGCUCAGUCACCACCUAAUAUUGAACCUGUGUGUCUGUAUUGAGCUGAUGUUCCUGUUGUUUUCCACUGUUCAUUUGCCAAAGACGUGACUCUAAACUCUACAUAUCAUAUUCCUUGUCAUUCCAUAAAUACCCAUUCUUGAUCCAUAAUGCACUAAAAUGUGUCCUGUGUAACUCUGUAAUGUUACUCUUUGAGUCCUGUUCACGACACUUGUUUUGAUUUCCCUCAAACAUGUUGUAUGUAAAGUGUCUGUUCUUUCAUUUAGUUAAUUAUUUGAUCACAAAUCUGUCACACGUGCUGUCGCCUGACUUCAGGCUGUUCAUGAAGUUCUCUCAAAUAUACAUCUUGAGUCUUA